GCAUCCCACGCCUCUGGUAAGAUGUCAGCAGUGCCAGUGGUGCAAAGUAGUGCCAAGUAGCGCAGGUGCUAGCCAAAGAAGCAGCUCGUCUGGGCACACCAUCGCCAUCGUGUGUGUGGCACGCAUGAGCUGCAGACACAGGACAGCGCCUCGGCAUCCCGGCAUCCCAGGGAUCCAACUGCGUCUCUUCCUCUGUCCCGCAUCCGCCUGGCCUGCCCGUCUACCUACUCGCUACUUACCACCGCCUGCCUGCCUACUUACACAGACGUGUGGCAUAUAUCACAUAGGCAUGUCGCCUGCUGGCUGCGCCCUCUUUAGCCCGGGUGGGGCGGCGGAGAGAGAGAAGGGAGUAGAAGAAAGAGAGAAAACUCGGCCCGGGUCGUAGUAUAAUAACAGCCGGGGACCCUGCCAAGUCUCACCCUGUGUGUCUCGAGAUCUCUCGUACGUGCACAUGCGCACACGCUACCACUACUACUCGUUAACUUAAGAGGGCUCCCACGAUAUCGUCCCGUCACAUCACAUCAAUUAAUACCAGCGAGCCCUGUGUGAGGCCAGACACGCACGCCCUGCUACACAAACCUCUACUUCCAGCGCUCGCGCUUAUCGUUCCGCCAUCCUACGCUUGCGAAACCUAGGUACUUCUCAAUCACAGACGUCAUGUCGCGCUACGACGACGACUAUUCUCGCCGACGGCCGAACCACAGUCGGGACCGAUCCGACGACUUCGCCAACUCGGCCAGUGGCUACGACGAAACCCCGCGCGUCACCAGGCCUGAGCAGACCGCAUAUCCAAACGGUCUCCAGCUAGUGCCCUACGACCCGGACAAGCUCUACUUUCCGCCACCGCCGCAGCAGUCCAGCCUAGACGUCCCCGAAUCACAAUCGCGGUCGAGGCCGAGAUCGCUACCGCCGCCGAUCGACUACCGCAGCAGAUCCGCCCGCGAAGGGACGAGAACAAAGAGCGGAAGGAGCACGAGGGGACGGCGCUACAGCGAUGACUCGGGCGGCAGCGGCAGCGGCAGCCGGGCGCCCAUCGAUCGGGCACGCGACUUUGUCGACAACAACUUCAGCGGCUCGGCAGCAGGGCUCGGCAUCAGCGUGCUGGGCGCGCUUGUCGGCGGGCUCGCGGCGCGCGAGGCCGUCGAUGCCACGAGCCGGCGCAACGGCCACCACACGCCCGACCCGAACCGCGAGCGCAACCGGCUCAUUGGCACGGUGGUCGGCGCAGCGGUCGGCGCGCUCGGCGCCAACGCCGUCGAGAAGCGGUUUGAGGUCAGUCGCGACAAGAAUCGGGACCGGGACCGGGACUGGGAACAGGAUAGGACCGCGGGGGAGGGGUCGUCGUCACGGCAUCGGCGACGGCGGCGGCAGGAUAGUGACCUGCCCGAGAGGCGCUCUGUCGUGGCACGCCCGCGGAGCAGUAGCGGGGGCGGCGGUUGGAGGAAGGAUUGGGAUCUAUGGGACGAUCGCGACCGAGGCUCGGGCAAGAGUCGCGGUCUCGAGAGGGAGGCCGAUCCCGAGGCACGCAGCUGGAAGAACGUGGAGGAAUGGCUGAACGACAGGCGGAACGACGUAGGAAGCCGGCCUCAGUCAAGCGAGCGGAGGAGCGUAGACGGAGAAUAUCGCUACUGAAGAGGAGGGGGCAGGCGGGGCGUUUCCGAGGCUGAUAUUGAUUUCCCUUAAUUCGGUGGCAUCGCGUCGGGUCUUGACUCCCUCCAGCUUCUUUCCCACACCCUUUUCGUCCAGCUCUCCGCCACACUGGAUGGUUUUUCCUAGACUCCUGCCGGGCGUUCUAGGUAUAGAUGGGAUCCGGGAGUAGAGGAGGGAGGGAGAGCUUAACCAACUAUACCAUCUAUCACAUAACCACGGGCCGCCCCCCGGCGGGCCACCUCUUAAUACACUAAAAAACGCUAAAACUUAUCCUUUUUUAUCAUACCGCAUUCUCUUAAUUUUAAAGCUACUUAGGAAAUAUUAUAAAUCUAAUUUGUAUAAA